AUGGGAGCCUGUGCUCACCACGCGAGUACCAGCUCAAGAGACGAUCCCGGAAAAAAACGGAGCCUGCAUAUAGAUUCUGAUUCAUCUGGAACAAGAGCGCACGAUAAAAGUUUUUCUUCGGAAGAAAGACAGCCAGAACUAGGCGCGACCACACUGAGUGCAUCAAGUAGCUCAUCGGGAAGCCGCUCCUCGGUCUCGAAGCGGGAGAGGAAUCAUGAGUGCGACCACUCUUCUAGUACGACAUCGACGAUCAUGCUCGUCGAGCUGAUCGAGAAAAGCUACAAGGUAAUGACGAUACACAAUCUGACGGACAGUACCUUGGCCCUCGCGUUGGAGCAUCGGCUUGCAAGCAGAACGCGCGCAAACAAGCACGCCGCUGCGGUCGGGCCAAAAAGAAAAGACGGAAGUAUACUACUGCAGGACCACACGCAAAAAGGAGGUGCAGCAGGUGCGUCCUCGUCCUUGCCUGGGACUACGAGUGCACGGAAAGGUUUCAACAUCUUCGGGAUGGGCAGAUCGGAGGACUCCAUCGGGCACGCUCCCGGCCGUGGGGGUACAGGGGGGGGUACAGCAGGGGUAACGUCACCGCCUUCAGUGGCUAGUAGUACAGGCUCCCCGGAACUACACGACCCUGUUCCCCCGUCGGUUUUGGGACGCUCACGUUCGUCGCGCAUGGAGAUCAGUUUCGAGAAAGAUCCAAGGUUUUUCAAGCGUGAAGUUUCCGCCUACUACUACUUCACCCGGUUGCUUAGCGACACCGAGGAUAGUGCGCUGGGUCGUCUCGCCAUGGCCGCGAUACUCGAAUUUCAAAAUGAGGUUGCCGAGGAAAUGGACGCGGCUAAAAAAGCGGGAACGACAAGCGCGAAUUCUAGAGCUACAGGAAUGCAGGGGGACGAGUCAAGAAUUCGAACUCCGCGAGAACACAACUACAAUAAGACACAAGAACGACGACCAAUGCAGCGUUUGCGAGCACUUGCGGAACGGAUUCAGCGCGCAGUAGAGCACAGCUAUGGCAGUGAGCAGGACGUCGACCAAUUCAGAGGCAAGGAGGACGAGGUCCAGCUUCAGCCAGAUGACAGUCCGCCACCGCAAGAAAAAGUACCUGCUGCACACGGAGUCAAGAGCCGGAAUUAUACCCCGCGAAAAGGCGACAGCGAGCAGAACGAUUUGACUUUAAUGUCACCGGACUAUAGGGCGAAUAAAGAUGAAGAUCAUGAUUCAGAUGCGGCCGCCCGGUAUCCAGGGCAAUCCAAAAAAAGCAAAUUCUCGCCUGAGCACUUGCUGUGGGAGCACCGCGACCUUGCCGUCGCGAAGUUUGUCUGCUGCAAGUGCAUGUUGCCGUGGUGCUGCGACUGGUACUUGUGCAAAUUCGAACAAGAGGACGCGCACUACAGCCACGCCGUUGCUCAGGCGCGUCAGAACGUAUGGAACCUGUUCGACGUGCAAUCGUACGAGGGGGCAUACUAUCGCACUAUCAAUUUACUUAUUCAUUGCAAAGAUGUCUGAGUCUGGCUCCGCGUCUGGCUCUGCAUCGGGAAAACUGUCAUGCUACCGUCUCCUGAAUGAUAGUGAUAACUGAUAAGUAAGUGCGCUGCAAUAUACAGCCACACAUGAAAGCACAUCUAGGAGGUGUUAUGUGUUACAUAUUCCGUGUGACAGCUUGCGUUUUUACAUGACAGGCAAGGGGAGCUUUGCGUGCACAUGUAUCCUAGAGGUCAGGGUCGUGUCAAACAAGCAUGACUAUAAAAAGGCUACGAUCUUCCAGACCACCCAGACAAAUUUGCCAUGGAUACGGUUGGACGAAGUAGCUGGCACAAAAGUGUUCUUUCCCAUGGAAGUGCUAGAAAAAUUGCUCCUCGUUCGCACGGAGAUCAAGCUGGAAGCCCCCUGCACGUUGGAGGGAAUGGAUCAAGUGCUGCCAGUGUAUAUUGCCCCUGCUUUUGUUAUCUUCUUAUGAUUAUCUUUGCAUUCUUUUCCUUGAUGAUGAUGACUUCUACGUGUCGCAGGUAUUAAUUCGAAGAUUAGACGCGCUGCUUCCUAGUGGAGACGCAGUAUGAUGCUCAUCAUCCGACGUACCUAUUGAUUCAGCGAAUAAAGAGAAGCCCAUUGAUAUUGCAGUUGGAUUAUUUCACAUGAACCCUACAGGUUUAUUUGUUGCCUUCUUCAAUCGAAAAUUCGUCACCCGUUUUUUCUGUGUAAUCUGCUUUUGGACUGGUUGUCGAACGACCAGGCAGCGGAGUCCGAGGGCCAGGUGGUGACGCUGCUCGAGUUAUCCUCCGGAAGAACGUCCCUCCCGUGUAAUGUCCUUUUAGCUUUAGGGCGCACUAUCUUGCGUGUUCAGCAUGUGCAUGCGUGGUCUGAUACGCAUCUCCAUGAAAAAUCACACUGAAGAUGUCCAAGAGUCAUGUGGUAGUUCGAUAAGUUAUUCAUUCAUCACUCAACGUCAGACAUCUCUCGCGUCUUCGUGCGGCCAUACUAGCCGCUCGGGAGUACUAUAAAUAACGGACGUGCAAAGUUUGCCACGCGCAAAUCGCGAAGCUUCUUGAUUUGUAUUUUUAUGGCGGAUGAAAGAAGAAGAUGUCGCGACUUCUACUUCAGAUCUAAAUCUAGACUAUGGGGCACUAGGGAGGUCGUGUGUGAAGUGGAUAUUUGUCCGCAGCGACCGUGAUUUGCAGCGAGCGGUUUAGCCGCCGAUCCAGUCCGACCGCCGGAUCGCCCAAACAAACGGACUUCGCGCAGCCAUCGUCUUCACCGGCAUCUCAGAUAAGUCAACCAGUGCAGCAUGGGAACAGCGAUGUUGUGAUAGCGGGAAUCUUCACUACUUCCACAGUCGUGUGAGGGCCAGGUCAAAAAGGCCAGCGCGCUGCUGUUGCCGAACGUGACGAGCUGGUAGGAAACGUGGACGUGCACUGCUUUGAUAUAUGAUGUGUGGAUCUUCCCCCCUCGUGAUUAUGUUUAUGACUAGUACUCCAUGUGGUCCUUACUAGUUGAAAAAUCUGCGAUCGCUUUUGCAAAAAUCAGGAGAGAAUGAAUACAAGGAACGAAGGGCGUAGCACAGAAACCACCUGUGCUGUUCCACACGGAACAGAAGACAGUAAAAAAGUACUGCCAAAUAAUCAUAGAAAUAAGUCGCAUUCAUAGCAGCAUGAGGAG